AUGGGGGAAGAAUCCUUUGAACAUCUUUUCCUAUCCUGUGAUUUAGCUUUUCACCUUUGGCGAUCUUCUCCCUGGGGCAUUUUCCCAGUGUGUGAUACUGGCAUCCGUGUUUGGGACUGGGUCAAGUUUAUCUGGGAUUUAAAUAAAAGAGGGAUUGAAGCUAACGAUGUUUUCCUGUAUGCCUCGAUUGUGGUGGAUACUAUUUGGAGAGUGCGAAAUGAGAAGGUCCAUAAUAACUGUUCUCCUGACAUAAUAAAAUGUAUUGACAAUGUUUGUACUUCUUAUGCAGAUUACCAUGAUUCUUUGCUGCCUAGUCCCAGUCUUGAUCUUACCGAAGCUUGGUCCCCUCCUCCUCCGGAGUGGAUUAAGUUGAAUUGCGAUGUCAAAGUGGGACUCAAUAGUAUGUGCAUUGCUGUUGUGGCAAGGAAUCAUCUUGGCAGUGUGAUUAGAGUUCAGACGGCUCGGGAAGACUUCUCGGAUGCUCUGUGCGGAGAAGCUGCGGCCUGCUGCUUAGCUGUGUCUGUUGCUUUAGAUAUUGGAUCCAAAUUUGCUAUAGUGGAGAAUGACUCGAGGAUGGUUAUCAACGCACUUAAUGGGAUUGACUCUCAUUGGGCUAUUGAAAACUAUGUCUCUUUUUGUACUAAUUCUUCUCCUUUAUUUAUAAGUUGUAAUUUUUCUUAUGUUCGCAGAACUUGUAACUUUGCCGCUCAUAAUGUGGCUAGAUGGGCAUUUGCUCAUAAGGUGUUUGGGGCUAUCCCGAUUGCCUCUCUACCUGACAAUAUACUGUGUAACGACCGUGAGGUCUAA